AUGCUAGGAACGAAUUUUAUUUUGAACAUUUUUAAAAACAAAUUUAAUAAUUUAUCAACAAGGUUUAUCAAAUAUGUGAUUAAAAGUUAUAAAAGAACAUGUCCACAUAUAAGUGAUUUCGAGCCAUUUUCAUCCAUGUAUUAUUAUACUGGAUUACAUAAUUAUAGGACAUUUUAUUUGCUCAUAAAAAUAAAUGAAAUAUUUAACAUAAACAAAUACAAACAUAUAUACAUUAUAGUUAACACGGAUAAAUAUGACUUUACUACUGAUGAUAUAGAGACGAAUAAAAAAAAUAGGAUAUACGUUGAUCAGAGGAUUGACAUAAAAAUACGACAAUGUGAUGAAGUUAUAAGAAUUAAUUUAUUUACAACAAAACUAACAAAAAAAGUUCAUAUAGGAGAAAUCAAAAUAGAUAUCAAUGCCACCAUAAUAUCAAAAUGUUUUCCAAAAAAUGAAUGGUUUGUGUGUAUAAAGGACGGACAAGAAGUGUGCAAGGUCCAAUUAUCAUUUUAUAAAACGCAAAAAUAUGCGUGCCCUAGUGAAUGCAUGUUCAUACAUGAUGGUCUCGAAAUUUGGAAGGACAAAUCAAAAAGUGGCAGCACCAAAAAAAUAGACAUAAAUAAUAUCCAUAAAAAUUUUGAUGACAAUGAUGAGCAUUUAGCGAUGAUAGACAUUGACACGGAUAUAAAUGAUAUAAGUUUAAUACAAAAGUUAAAGUUGAUAAGUUUUGUACUAGAGCAGGAAAUAUGCGUAUUUGAUUUUUACGCAUAUGUCCUUAAAUAUAUGUACGCCAAAGAAAUUAUGGGAGAAUGGUUCUUAUGUUUCCUAUGCUUUAAAAAUAAUAAAGAUCAAGAAGAAAUAAAUAUUGAAACAAUAAUUGAAAGAAACAUACACAGAGAUAUUAAUAUACCCAUGUUAAAUAUUCAAAGAAUUGUUGUUGAUAAAAGAAAUAAUACAAACGCUAAUAUAAUUUAUACUUAUCAAGAUGAAAAGUAUACAUUAAGCAUACAUUCAAAAAAAAACUUAUACUAUAUAAUAGAUGCCAUUACAAUUUUCACAAACGACCUCAAAAUUUUGAAGGAAUCUUUUGGAGAUGAGCUGGAAUACAGAAAAAAUAUAAUUAUGAAAGAAAACACCAUGAAGAAGUUAAUGGGUAAGAGAAGAUUAUCUUCCCCUCGGUUUCGAAAAAAUCUACCAAAAAAUACGCACAAAAUGAUAAAGGAAAUGUAUGAUGAACAAGAUUAUUCACAUGAUGUGAAAGAAAGUAACACUCGAUUUUUUGAAAAUGGUAUGAAAACAGACGAAAUAAAAAAUGAUAAUAUUCAAACAGACGAAAUAAAAAAUGAUAAUAUUCAAACAGAAGAAAUAAAAAAUAAUAUUAAUACAUCAAACGAAAAUUUCUUCAAAGCACAAUUAGAAAAUACCAUACAAAAUAUAUAG